CAUCUGAGGCGUCCCCAACAAAGCCCUGCAGCCCAAAACAAAAACUCGAAUUGAAAAGUGGGAGUUUGAGGUGAAGAAAGAGACCGGAAAAGAACGCGGGAAAACGGCAUUGUUAGUGAGAGAGAGACACAGAGCAAUGCCGGAGCUUCCAGAGGUAGAGGCGGCGAGGAGGGCCGUCGAGGAAAACUGCGUCGGCAAGAAGAUAACGAAAUGCAUUGUCGCCGAUGAUUCCAAAGUCAUCGACGCCGUUUCUCGCUCGGACUUCGAAGCUUCCGUUCUCGGCAAGCUCAUCGUCGCUGCUCACCGGAAGGGAAAGAACAUGUGGCUUCAGCUUGAUUCCCCUCCUUUUCCUUCCUUCCAAUUCGGCAUGGCUGGUGCUAUAUACAUUAAAGGAGUCGCAGUAACAAAGUACAAAAGGUCAGCUGUGAAGGAUGAGGAUGAGUGGCCCUCAAAAUAUUCAAAAUUCUUCAUUGAGCUAGAUGAUGGAUUAGAGUUGUCUUUCACUGACAAGAGGCGAUUUGCUAAAGUUCGUCUUCUUGAAGAUCCAACAUCAGUGCCACCCGUAUCUGAGCUUGGUCCUGAUGCUCUUUUUGAACAAAUGACACUUGAGAAGUUUACAGAGUCUUUGCACAAGAGGAAAACUGAAAUCAAAGCUUUAUUACUUGAUCAAAGGUAUAUUUCAGGUAUUGGAAAUUGGGUGGCUGAUGAAGUGCUGUACCAAGCAAAAAUUCAUCCACAGCAGGCAGCUUCUAGCCUGUCUGAUGCAAGCUGCUCAACUUUGUACAAAUGCAUUAAAGAGGUUAUUCGUUUGGCUGUUGAAGUUGAUGCUGACUGUAGCCGUUUUCCUCUCGAAUGGUUAUUUCAUUUUCGAUGGGGAAAAAAGCCUGGAAAAAUAAGUGUUGAGGUUGGAGCAGAUAGUAGUCAGUAUCCUAACAGUUGGAUAUUUCAUUCACGGGAAAAGAAGCCUGAAAAGGCUUUUGUUGAUGGGAAAAAAAUUGACUUCAUCACUGCUGGUGGUAGGACAACUGCUUACGUGCCAGAGUUGCAAAAGCUUAGUGGAUCUAUCGAUGUAAAAGAAACUGGUAAGACUAAAAGGCAAGCUUCAAAGAAAGUAAGUACAGCUGAUGACACUGAGAAACCAACAGAUAGUAAAGAAGGGGAUCUCGGAAGUGUCAAAUCAAAGAAGGGGGCAAAAGCUGGAGCUAAAGGCAGGAAGCCUGCUAAAAAGAAAAAACCCGAGGAAAGUGAUGAAGACAAUGACAGUGAUUCUGGUACGGAUUGUGAUACUGAUCAAGUUGUAAAGAAGAAUCCAGGCAACGUGACUAAUAGGAAACAAGUUGGGGAAGAGAAGCUAUCAAAGAAAAGAGUUCAAAGCAAUCAAACUGGUAGGAGUUCGAAAAGGAAAGCUAAGUAGUAUGUAUGGGGGUUAGUGUUGUAUUCUGCUGUGUUCACACAACAUAAGGAUGGUUUAUUAUGUGCCUGCAACUUAGGUUUGCUGUUUAUACGUUGUGUUUAUGAUCUGUUGGUCUGUUUCUGCUUCACAUAUAUUUAAUAUCCCAUGUAGACCAAUGGAAGGCAUUAAUAGGAUGCCUUCAGUUUUUGUGACUAUUGUUAAUGCCCACUUAUACAAAGCUUGGAGAUAUUUAUGUUUUGAA